UUUUUUUUUUUUUUUCCGAGACAAGGUCUCACUGUGUAGCUCUGACUGUCCUGGAACUCACUAUGUAGAUCAGGCUGGCCUUGAACUCACAGAGAUAUGCCUGCCUCUUCAUCCCAAUGCUGAGAUUAAAGAUGUGUGUGCCUCUACGUCUACUGGUUCUUUCUUUUUUAAAAUAUUUUUUUAUUUUAUGUGUAUAGGUGGAUUUUUUUUCCCCUACAUAUAUGACUAUGUACCAAGUAAGUGCCUGGUGCGCACAGUGUCCAGAAGACACAACAGAUCUUCUAGAACUGGACUUAGAGAUGGUUGUGAGCCACCGUGUGUGCUGGGAACUGAACCUGGGUCCUCUGCAAGAGCAGCAGGUGCUCUUAAUCACCGAGCUGCCUCUCUAGUCCCAUCUUUCUUCCUUUUAAACCUUCCGUGUUUUGGGAGGGAGACAGCUAUAUAGGCUGCUUGCGUAUUCUCUCUGUGUCUCAGCUUUUACCUAUUCUCUUGACAUUUUUGGACACGCGAACAACGUAUCUUGACUAUGCCUACCCUAAGCCCCCCUCCCCCCCCCCCCUGCUCCUCCCAGGAUCACCCAUACAUCUCAGUCCCAUUUGCACGUCCUCUUCUCUUUUGUUGGAAUGCUGCUGACUGCUUUUACUGGCUUGGUCCUGUGCAGGUCUUGUGCAGGUGACCACGGCUGCAGUAAGUGCAUGAGUGCCCUGCCUAUGUCACGUGCAGAAGACAGCACUUCAGGGGACUCCUGGCCAUCUUCCGGCUCUUACGUUCUUUCUGUCCCUCUUCUGCUAUGUUCCCUGAGCCUUGGCUGUGUAGAGGUGUUGACACAGAUGUUCCGUUUAGGGAGGAACACUCAACAGUCACUUAGUCUCAGCCCUUUGACCAGUUGUAAGUGUCUGCAUUAACUGUGAGCAGAAAGGCUUCCCUGACCAAGCCUGAGAGCAGCUCUAAUCUAUGGGUGUAAACGUAAGUAUUUAGAAGGUGGUUUGGUACCACGUCUAUUUCAGCAAAACCACAGUAGUGGGUUCUCCCUUAGGCCCGUAGUCUCCCUGCCUGUGGGUUUUUGACCAGGUUUACAGUACCAGGCAUGAAUUCCCUCCUAUAGAGCAAGCCACAAAUCCAGUUAGAAAGGAAUUGGUUACCUCCAUAACCUUCAUCACUAUAACACCAGGGGACAUCUUGUCUGGCAGGUCAUUCUUCAUUAUAGCAGGAAGCUUCGCUACUGGGUAAUACCAGCAAUGAUGACUUUUCUCCUCCAGUGGACCAUAUAGCACAUUCCAGCACUAUGAAAACUAGAGAAUAGGGAGGAAAUUUCAGGUCAGUUCCAGCUUGAUUUCUCUGGGCCCUGCAACCAAAAUGUAUUGGGUCUUCAGCAGCUGACUUUACAUCUAGUUACAUGGGCAUUCAAGAGCAGUGGCAAUAGCCCAUGUGGCAUUGUCUUUAGACUGAGUGUACUGUCACAGUCAAGCCACUAAUGCAUUGGUUAGUUUUGACCUCAAAGUUUGUCUGCAUCAUUGUCUCCACCGGGACUAACCUAAGCCUCAGGUCAGCUGGUAGGAUUUGAGGAUAUACGUCAGCUUCCUGAGAACAGUCACUAGUGUAGACACAGAACUGGAUGGGCUGACUCGUGUGUCUUCUGUUCUCAGAAGGGCCCUCUCUGUUGUCAUCCUCAGUCUUGCUGGAGCUUGAAGAUGCUGAAAGAGCGUCUGGAGAUGGCAGAAGAUCCUCAGCAGCAGAUGGGUGCUCCAGUGGUGAAACUGGAGAAGGAGCUGCCAUGGGGCCGGGGAGGGGAGGACUCAAGUCCUGAGGCAUUCCGGCUGAGGUUUCGGCAGUUCCGCUACCAAGAGGCUGCUGGUCCCCAGGAAGCUCUCAGGGAGCUCCAGGAGCUCUGUCGGCGGUGGCUGAGGCCGGAGCUGCACACCAAGGAGCAGAUCCUGGAGCUGCUGGUGCUGGAGCAGUUCCUCACCAUCCUGCCCCGCGAGUUCUACACCUGGAUCCGAGAUCACAGCCCAGACAGCGGCAAGGCUCUGGUGGCCAUGGUGGAGGACCUGAUGGAGAGCACACCUGAGGCCAAGGCGGUUCCAUGCCAUGCCCAGGGAGAGCAGCUGGUCACAGCCCUUGGCGGAGGAUCUUGGCAAUCAAGCAUCCACUUGGGGCCAGUAGAAGUCAAACCUGAGUGGGGGAUACUUCAGGGGGACGGAGUUCAAAGCUUAGGCCCAAGCACUGCAGAACAGCUGAGCCAGGGCCCUGGAGACGGGACACAGGCCUUCCAGGAGCAAGCACUGCCCAUUCUUCAUGCGGGUCCAGGUCUUUCCUCUGUGAGCACCAGAGACCAAGAACUUGCUGCCGGGUUCCUUGCAGCAACAUCCCAGGGUCUGGGGCCAUUUAAAGACAUGACUCUGGCUUUUCCUGAAGAGGAAUGGAGGCACGUGGCCCCAGCUCAGAUCGACUGCUUCGGGGAGUAUGUGGAAUCACAGGACUGUGGGGUCCUCUCAGGUGCUGGGAACAAGGACAAGGAGGCCAAACCCCAGCAGGAGGACCUGAAAAGAGCAUUUGUUGGGUUGACUUCCGAUGGGUUUGGAGAAGCUGCCAUCCAGGUUCCUGGCCCAGGGGGUGCCUGUGAGCAGGAGCCUGGGGGCUCUGGGGCCAGUUUACCUGGGCUCCCCGUUCCUCAGCAUGGGGUCCCCCUGCCGGAUGCCCUCAGUACCCACAGUUCUUUCUGGAAGCCUUUCCAGUGCCCUGAGUGUGGGAAGGGCUUUAGUCGGAGCUCCAACCUUGUCAGGCACCAGCGAACCCAUGAAGAGGAGAAGUCCUUUGGCUGCGUUGAGUGCGGGAAAGGUUUCACCCUGAGGGAGUACCUCACCAAGCAUCAGAGGACCCACCUGGGCAAGAGGCCCUACGUGUGCGGUGAGUGCUGGAAGACUUUCAGCCAGAGGCAUCACCUGGAGGUGCACCAGCGCAGCCACACGGGGGAGAAACCCUACAAGUGCUCAGACUGCUGGAAGGGCUUCAGCCGCAGGCAGCACCUGCUGGUGCACCGCAGGACACACACCGGCGAGAAGCCCUACACCUGCGAGUGCGGCAAGAGCUUCAGCAGGAACGCCAACCUGGCAGUGCACCGGCGCGCGCACACUGGGGAGAAGCCCUACGGCUGCCAGGUGUGCGGCAAGCGCUUCAGUAAGGGGGAGCGGCUGGUGCGGCACCAGAGGAUCCACACGGGCGAGAAGCCCUACCACUGCCCCGCCUGCGGCCGCAGCUUCAACCAGAGGUCCAUCCUCAACCGGCACCAGAAGACCCAGCAUCGCCAGGAGCCCCCGGUGCAGUGAGCCUACCGUGCGUUGGCUCUGCCUCCGGGGCGACUUCAUUGUGACAGGUGGCCUGGCGGUGCCCAGUGAGGGACAACAGAGUGUGUUCGAGCAAGAGGAGGGCAGCCUGGUGUGUGGAGAGCUUCCACAGGGACCAGUUUCCUUCACCUGUUGUAGGGAAACAAUCCUGAGCUUCAGUUUUUGUUUUUUUCCUCCCACAGUGGGGUUUGAGAACCCACCUCCUGAGCAAGUUUGGAGGUAAGGGCAGAAUUUUGUUGCAUUUUGGCAGCUUGAAGCUCUUUUUCUCUUCUUUUUGAGGUAAGGCCCCAUAUUAUCUAAGUUGGUUUCACACUAGCUGUGUAGCUGAAGAUGGUCUUGAACUUCUGAUCCUCCUGCCUCCAUCUUCCCAGUGCUGAGGUGACAGGAUGUGCCACCAUGCCUGGUUCUGCUAUGUUGGAUAUGAAACCAGGGCUUUGUGCAUGCUAGGUAGGGUACUCUACUGACUGAGGUAUGUGUCCAGCCUUGAAGCUCAAUUUUUAGAGAGCUCUGUCUUGCCCGCGAGGUAUUAGCUCUGGCCUGCCCUGCCUCCGUCUUUUUCAUUUUCAAAUAUUGAUUAAGCACCUAUUGUGCUCUUGGCUCUGAGACUGCCGCGGUGAUCUGAACCAGUGAGAUCUUGGCACUUGUGAGCAAAGCCAGAGCAGUAGCUUGUAAGUAUCCCAAAGCACAUGUUGUUUCAAGUGCCACAUCAGAACCUGGGCACACUGCUGUGCCAGCCUGUCCUGUGUGGGGUCUCACAUGCCCUCCACCUCAGGUGGGGACUUCUCUCAUGCAGUCUUGUUUAUUUUGCUUUCUUGGCAGCCUUACUGUCGUGGACUAGAACAUUCUACCCUCAUCUGUAAAGUCUCCCCCCUCCCAUUACUCCUUGCACUGUAACCACAGCUACUAGGAAAUUAAUAUUUUGCUACUGAUCAUUGAAUAAACGUGAAAAUAUUUUAAGGCA